AUGAGUGACUCUCCCAACGGCGCGCCUGCCGUGGCUGCUCCCCCCGAUCCGGCUUCAGCGCCUUCAGCCUCCCCCAGCGAUGCCAAUGCCGACACCAUCGCGCAAGGCAAGGAAAGAGCCAAGGAGGUUCUAGCAGCCUCGGGCAUCGAAAUUUCCAAGCCUGAAUCUUCCUCAGCAACCAAUGGCCAAAGUGCCACCCCAAAUGUGAAUCGCAAGCGCAAGCGCGAGACUCCAGUCGACCGGAUCCAGGCCGAGCAAUAUGUCGAUCACGAGUACCACUACAAAGCUCUUCUUGCAGAUCAAGCAAAUCAUCCCACCAUCUUGCAAGAAAAGAAAGAAGAGCUGUCCUUGUAUCAAAAUCUGCGACGGGAACAUGAUCCAGCCUCCAUUUUUGGAGUGGGAUAUGAAGGCUUUGGAAACCCUCGGACAGACGAGAAAAACAUCCGCGAUCCUAUUCUCUAUCCUCGACAAAGACGGCCUGGCAAACGAAAGACUCUCCCACCCCAUGUUUCCCGGAAAGACCAGACCAUCCAGGCAGAGCAGCCUGAAGAUCUGGUGCCCAUCCGGCUCGAUAUCGACUGGGGCAAGAUCAAGCUACGCGACACGUUCACUUGGAAUCUGCAUGACCGCACAUCAUCUAUUGACUAUUUUGCUGAGAAGCUGGUCGAAGAUUUUGGGCUAGAAGUCCAGAAUUGCCGACCCCUGGUGCAAGCUGUGGUAGCACAUAUUCGUGAGCAGAUCAGCGACUACUGCCCACAGAUAUACGCGGACGAGAUCACGGUCGAGCCUACUUUGCCAUAUUUCGCCUACAAAAAUGACGAAAUGCGCAUCCUCAUCAAGCUAAACAUAACCAUCGGCCAGAACACUCUGAUCGACCAAUUUGAAUGGGAAGUCAACAGCCCUUACAAUUCGCCGGAGGAAUUUGCGCGACAAAUGACGAACGACUUAUCUCUUGCUGGGGAGUUCACCACUGCUAUUGCCCACUCUAUUCGCGAACAGUGUCAACUCUUCUCCAAAUCCUUACAUAUCACUGGUCAUCCAUUCGAUGGUCGGCCAGUUGAAGACCCAGAUCUCCGAGAAAACUUCCUUCCAUCACCCCUUCCUACCACCUUUAGGCCCUAUCAGGCCGCAAAGGAUUAUACACCCUAUCUUUAUGAGCUCAAUGAGGCAGAUCUGGAACGUACAGAACUCUCUAUUUCUCGAGAACAACGAAGACAAAAACGAUCUACCAACCGUCGUGGAGGUCCUGCUCUACCAGAUUUGAAAGAUCGACAACGAACGAUAAGGUCGCUCGUUGUGUCUUCGGUUAUCCCUGGUGGUGCAUUAUCCAUGGAGGAAAGUCGUAUUUUCAGAAUGCCAAAGGCUACACGACGGUCAGUCCGUGCAACUGGCCAGCGCGAUGGUUACGAGGAUUCGGACGAUUCAGAUAGUGAUGAUUCGGCGCCUGAUUCACCAGCAAUCCCCACCCACCUGCUGCAGCAAGGCACUGCUCGAACUAGAGGUAUCAGAAAUGCCGCUCUCUCUGCAACUGCUGGAAUUCGGUCCAACCUUGGUGGCUUUGCUUCUGCACGUUCGGCCACACCAGACUCGGUAACACCAUCCCACCAUGAGUCCAGAACAUCAGCCAGGAAGAAGGAUUAUAAGGAAGAAAGCGAAGACGAAUCCGUUCCUGAGAAACUCAUUGUUGUUUUGAAAGUCGGAAAGGCCAAGCUGCGAGAGUUUUCGCGAGCACAGAGACUCAAAGAUCGAGGCGCGCUCGUCUCGAAUCAAAGUAGUCCUUUACCGGGAAGCCACUCGAGGUCGGCUUCAACUGCGCCAUUGAACCUCGCUGCUAUGCCACCUCCGCCCUCACCAGUUCCAGCGCCUGCGGAGAUCCCAGGGGCUGUCGACGCUACCCCCCAUCCUCCAAGUUCCUCACAUCCAGCAGUAAGUUAA